AUGGGGUCUUGUUAAAUUUGCAAUGGAUUCUAGUCUAAAGAGAUUAAAGAACAAUAAAAACCAGAAAUAUUAAAAUAAGAACCAACAUUUAGAUAAGUAGCACUAAUUCAAGCAAGGUUUAGAGGAAUUAUAACAAGAAAGAGAAUUCUGAUUGACAAAUAAAAAGAAAAUAAUAACUAACAAUAAUAAAAUUCAUUGAAUGAAGACUUGAUUUGUUUUGAAUAGGUUUAAUAAACAAUAACAGAAAGAUCAACUGUAGCUUAAUAACAAGAAGAACAUGUUACAAUUUUGAUGUCGCCAAAAAUAAAGAAAAGUUGUAAGUGGUAGAAUGGGUCACUGACUGGGUUUGAUAGAUUGGUGAUGGAUGACGGGUAUUAGAAUAAAAUAAUCAUAGUUGUUACUUAGAAGGCAUGGUAUAGAAUUAUAUUUAAAUUAAGUGGUUGAAUGGAUAUUUGAAUGGAGAAGGACUUUAUUAUGCACCUGAUGGAACAUAUUAUAGAGGAGAGUGGUAGAAUAGCUACAUAAAUGGUAAAGGUACUUAUUUUAAUGCAACUUAAAAUAUUAAAUAUGAAGGUAAAUUCAUAUUAAUUGAAAACUAGGAGAAUGGUAAAAUAAUUUACAACAUGGUGAAGGAACUGAAACUUAUUAAGAUAAAUCUAUUUACACUGGAACAUUUAAAAAAGGUUUGAAGGAUGGAGUUGGAAAAUUCAUUUUUAAUGAUGGGUCUUAUUAUGAAGGACAAUUUUAUCAAGACAAGUUUCAUGGAAAAGGAAAAUUAGUAUUUUAAUAUAAAUAUUAAUAAGGUUUGGGAUUAUGGUUAAAAAGAAUACUAUGGAGAAUGGUAUAAAGGUAAAAAACAAGGCUUUGGUUAGUUAUAAGUUAAAGGAAAAUAUACUUAUGAAGGUCAAUAUAAAAAUGGACUUAAAAAUGGAGAUGGAUUAUUAAUUUUGAAUGAUGGUACAAAAUUUUAAGGUGAAUGGAAAGAUGGAUAAUAAGUUGGAAAUGGAACAUUUUCUAACUAAAAAGGAGAAUUCUACAAUGGUGCUUGGAAAUUCGGAUUAAUCCAAUACCAUUGA